CAGCCUCCUGGCUGUGUAAACGUAAACAACAUGGCGGCCGCCUUGACGAACCCGUCUACCGACGGAAUCUCCGUCGAGAAGAUGACGGAAUAUGCCGACAUGCGAGCCGCCUACGAGCAGCUCUGCCGCAGCGAGGACGAGAUUGACGUCGAAUUGGACACGCUGCUCGCCCAGCAGCACGAUCUCGCUGCGAAGUUGUCGCGUCUCGACCAGCUGCUGCCCGGGUUGUCCUUGCUGGAUGCGGACUCGCGACAGUUGGCCAACAUGAUCGGGUUCACGUCGACGCUCGCCGACAAUGUCAGCAGCAAGGUGCGGCAGCUGGACGUUGCGAAACGCCGCGUCAACGAGUCUCUCAGCCGCGUCGACGACAUCCUCGACCUGAAGUUCUGCACGGACGGCGUGCAGAUGGCGCUGCAGGUCGAGGACUACGAGCAGGCGGCGGCGCACAUCCACCGCUUCCUCGGCCUCGACGAGAGCGCGCUGCGCGACGCGGCGGCGGCGGGCGACGACGACGACGCGGGCGAGGGCGGGCAGCUGGACGCGGCGUUCGCGCUGCUGCACGCAGCCACGCGAGACCUCGUCGCACUCGUCCGACGCGAGUUCGACGACGCUGUCGCCGUCGGCGACGUCGCCUCAGUCGAGCGCUUCUUCAAAAUCUUCCCGCUGCUCGGACUGCACGACGAGGGCUUGCGGCGAUUUUCCGGCUUCCUUCGCGAGAAGAUUGCUGCGACGGCGCGCGCCAACCUCGAGGCGGCCCUCGGGGCAGACCCGGCGGGGCCGCGCGCGGGCGUGCUCUACACAGACGCGCUCACGCUGCUGCUAGAGGGCGUCGCCCGCGUCGUCGAGAUCCACCAACCGCUCGUCGAGACCUACUACGGUCCGGGUCGUGUUCUCACGUUCGUAGCUGACCUUCAGGAGGAGGUCGACGUGCAGGCCUGCCGCGUCAUCGACGAAUUCCGCCGCGCACGCGCUUUCGACCAUAAGUGCGCGCUCGUCCUGCAGGUGGCGCCGCGGUCGUCGCCGGGCGAGCGUCUCGACCCGCGAGAACUCGACGUCGUUCUCGCGGAGGCGACUCUGCUGAACGCGCGCGCGGAACUCUACCUGCGGUUCGUGCGCCGCCGCGCGGCCUCCGACAUUGACGCCGCCGUCGCGACGCACGAGGAGCGCCACCGCCAGAUGUCGUCGCGCCUCGACGACCUUAUCGGGCGGUGCGCGCUCGCACGCGCGAUGCAGGAGCUGCUCGGCCGCUACGUCUCGCUCGAGGAGUACUUCAUGCGCGAGUCGGUCGCCAAGGCGGUCGCCAUGGACGCGCCCGACGACGACGGCCGCACGUCGAGCGUCGUCGACGACGUCUUCUUCGUCGUCAGCAAGUGUGUGCGUCGCGCGGCGUCCAGCGGCGCCGUUGACGUCGUCUGCGCGCUGCUGAACCUCGCUCGCGCCGUCGUCGAGACGGAGUACGGCGACGUGCUGCGCGCGCGCCUCCGCGCCGGCUUCCCGUCGGGCCUGCUCGACCUGCAGCAGGCAUACAGCGUGCUGCACGCGUCGCUGCAGCAGGGCAAGCUGUCGGACGCCGACGAGGGGCGCGUACGCUUCCUCGUCACGCUGAACGACGUCGCGGUGAGCGGCGAGCACCUGCGCACGCUGCGCGCCUCGCUCGAGGCGGAGUUCACCGCGCGGCUGUCGCACGCCGGCGAGCGCGAACGUGCCAAGCUCGCGAGCUGCCUCACCGACCUCGCCGCCGCCGAGGCGCGCUUCGCCGAGACGCUCGAGUUUGGCGUGGAGCAGGCGCACCGCAGCGCCGUGCGGCCGCGCCUCAAGCCGUGGGUCGAGGUGUUCACGUACGUCUCGCACGACAUCUCCGAGGCGGAGUUUUCCGAGUACGAGGCGAACGACCCCUUCGUGCAGGGCCUCGUCGUCAACAUCGAGUCGCUGCUGACGUCGUUCCGCGCGCCGCUGCUGCCCGCCAACUACGACCGCCUCGUCGCGGCGCUCGUCAUAGACGUCGCCGCGAUGCUAGAGGGCGCCGUGCUCGCGUCGCGCUUCAACCGGCUCGGCGGCGUGCAGUUUGACCGCGAGCUGCGCGCGUUGACUGGGUACCUGGCGUCGGCGUCGACGUGGAGCGGACGCGAGCGGUUCGCGCGGCUCUCGCAGAUCGCGACCAUCCUCAACCUGGAGCGCGUUGCCGAGAUCCUCGACUACUGGGGCGCGAACGCCGGCGCCCUCACGUGGCGGCUGACGCCUGGCGAGGUGCGGCAGGUGCUCGCGCUGCGCACGGACUUCCGCAUCGAGGACAUCAAGCGGUUGAAGCUCUGAGGUGGCGCCACUGUCGUUUCUCGCUCGUGCGCACGUCUACGGUGGCGCCGUGAAGUGCGGCAGGUUUAAUGUAUUUUAUUGGGAAUCUUCUGGUGAUGAUCUUCAAGCACGAACAAGGAAGUGAAUGUAAUAUAAUACAUGUUGGGGAUAAAUUUAUGGUGUUGGCUGAGAUUUAUGUAUACAUGGUUAUUUGUGUGUAAGAGAUAAAAUCUCCUUUUCCAUUUCAUCGUGUGCAUUACUGACACAGAAAGAGAGGAAGAGAGAAGCAGAAUGGGCUUGGGGCAAAUGCAAGGAUGCUUCUGGAGGAAUAAAGGUGCGUGGUGGUGUUGCAUGACGAGGCAGACGUUUUGAAAAUUAAAUUGAUCAAGCCAAAUGUAAUAAUCGGUCGAGUAAUAGAAGGUGAUAACAUUUUCCUUUACAAUGUCACUGUUGAAGCCUAAUAACAACAGUCGCGGUACUUCAUAUAAAAAUUAACCAGUCUUUAUUUUAUCAUGAGCAGGCAUUUUAUUUAAACAAUAGAGAUAUAUAAAAUAAUGUAAUUUAAAUUAAAAAUAAAAUAUCACUAUUACUUGUUCCUGGUGUAAAGCUGGGCUUAUGUCGGGUUGCGAUUGCUUGCGACGCGACACGACGCACUGCAAUUCACUGCGACUGCAGUGUUUAGGUUGACUGCGACGCGACUGACAGCGACUACCUGCGACCAGUCGCAGCCAGUUGCAGAAGGCGCUUGGGUCGAAGCGACGAUCGCCUAUUGAUCGCGCAACUAAAUGAGUUUACAUGACUUGUUGCUGUGUGCAUGUUGUGUAUAUGACUGUAUGCACUGAUUGUUUCAUUCGCAUUGUUCACUUUUAUGCAUUGUUCAUUAUGCAUUCGAAUUUAGUCGCAGCGAUCGCAAGGCAGCUUAUGUCGGGUAGUAACCAUGAAAACAAUGCUUGCGACCGGUGGAACCAGUCGCGCGUCAAGAGUAGAACAUGUGCGACUCGCUGCGAUUGCAUUGCGACUGACAAUUUUCCAGUCGAAAGCAGUCGCAGACCCGUCGCUGGCAGUCGCAGGGGUGCUUAGGUCGAACUUUCUCAGCGACGCGAUCGUCGCUGCGACGCGAUCGUCGCUGCGACUUGCAACCAGUUGCAGAAAAUUGCAGAAAAUAGGUCGCUUGCAAGGCAAUCGCGUCGCGUCGCAAGGCCGACAUAAGCCCGGCUUAAUGUUCAAAUUAUGAGACUGCUGAUCCAUGAGAACAUAUAUAUGGUUUUAUUAGGUAUGGAUCCAUACUAAUCUAAGUUUUGACAUACAUGUUGAUGCCUUGAAUAAAAACAUUCUUAAUAAAUAUUUUCACUUGGGCAUAAUUCUUCA